UUUAAACAUACAAAUGUAAAGUAAAACAUAUGUAAAUUCUAUGGUGACUGGGAUUAUUGCAUUAAAAAAGUAAUUAUUUUUCCCGAUUUUCUCCUGAAAGGGGUGCCAACCUGUGUUGCCACCUCACCAAAGUGUCAAGUUGACAUAUUUAGGUUAAGUAGCAAUAUUUUAAAAUUUAAGUAUUAAGGAAUUAAUGUGAUAAUGCUACGUGUAAGAUUAAUUAGUCCAGUCCAGCCUCAUUUGUGAUAAUUUCAAGUACCAAACUCAUGGAACCAAAUCACCUUCGUAUGCACCUGUUAUCUGACGAAGAAAUGGCCAAUUCAAGAGAUUGGAGAAAAGCUUUAAGGUCGCAACCUGCUUAUAGGAUAGUCAAUCGGACCAUACGUGGUCAAACUCAAUUUAUUUCAAUCGUAGCCUUCAUCGGCCUUUUUGCUUUAAUACUCUUGUACAUGUUUCCCAGAAAGGGGGGCAGUUCCGGUAGCGUACUCAGAAGUAGUACUUACAACUACACUUAUCCGCUAACUAGUCCCAUUAAAACUAAUUCAAUGCAUACGUUUCGGAUAGGUGUUAUUGCUGAUUUAGACACAAAUUCUAAAAGUCCAGCAGAAAAGAACGUCUGGUUUUCCUACUUUAUGAAAGGCUAUUUGAGUUAUAGUCCCACUAGACGGACGGUUGUGGUCACAUGGGACCGCACAAGUCCCGUAAAAUUAACCACGAGUUAUGCUUCAAAAGGGAGAGGAAUGGAAUUGUCCGAAUUGGUGGUUUUUGAUGGAAGACUCCUCACGUUUGAGGACAGAACAGGACUUGUUUACGAAAUUAUAAAUGAUAAAGCCAUUCCGUGGCUUCUUCUAAUGGACGGGGAUGGAAGGACAUCAAAGGGGUUUAAGUCAGAAUGGGCCACUGUAAAAGACGAGAUUUUGUAUGUGGGGUCAAUGGGAAAAGAAUGGACGACUCCUAGCGGUGCUUUUGAAACUAAUAAUCCCAUGUAUGUUAAGGCUAUAACCACUAAAGGCCAAGUUAGUCAUUUGAGUUGGGUCAAUGAAUAUAAACGAAUUCGUGAAGUUUUGGGUAUUUAUUGGCCUGGUUACAUGAUCCAUGAAAGUGGAGUUUGGUCUGACGUCCACCGACGUUGGUUUUUUUUACCUAGACGGUGUAGUAAAGAGCAAUACAACGAAUCAUUAGAUGAACAUAGAGGUUGUUCAGUUUUGAUAAGUACUGACGAGGAUCUCUACGACGUUAAAAAGACACAAAUUUUGAAUUCGAAACCCACAAGAGGCUUUUCAAGUUUUAAAUUCCUCCCAUCGUCCCAAGAUCAAGUCAUCGUAGCAUUAAGAAGUGAAGAAGUUGACGGUAAAACAGCGACCUACAUUACCAGCUUCACAAUCCACGGCGAAGUCCUUCUUGACGAUCUCCACAUAGCCGACUUGAAAUACGAAGGACUUGAAUUCAUUUAGCAUUCCCCAAUUUGUAAAAUAAUGUACAUUAUGUAUUUAAAUAAAAAAAUAUGAAACUUGA